CCACAAUGUGAACAGAUAUCUUCUCUAGCAACCACCAAAAAAGGUUUUAUUUUGAAAAAGGAAAAUACUUUUCCUUCUGAGGGCGAAAUUGGAAGGAAAGGAUCAAUCCCGAAGUCCCUCUGCUCAGUCCUCAAGUUUCCCACGGAAGCAUACGUGGGAGCGUGUUAGUAUCCUGCGGUGCAACCCGAAACGGCGGAAGGGAUCUGCCAUCGAUUUAAGCUGUGUUCCUCGUACUGUUCUGCAGAAAGACCGCAAGAUGGGUGACGGGCGAGAGUUAUCACAGCCACCGUAGCAAGACCCCAGCGCACAGAGAUCAGGUUUCACAGACAUAGGUUCAAUUCCAAUGGACCGCUACUACCGGAAACGGAAAUCCUUGAGCAGGCUGGCGAUUGGACAGGGAGCCGGAAGCGGAAGCUGAAAAUUGCGUUUGGUGGCUCCCGAUAUGGCUGAGGCGGUGAGUGUUGUGGCCGAAUCCCUUGCAGGAGAUAGGGCACGGGCGGCGCGCAAUGUGCUAGGUCAGGUGGUGCUCCCGGGUGAGGAACUGCUGCUGCCCGAGCAGGAGGACGCUGAAGGCCCAGGAAGUGCUGGAGAGCGACCGCUGCGCCUGAAUGCGGGGACGCGCUCCCGGGGGCGCGUUGUGUGCGGCCCGGGCUUGCGGCGCUAUGGCGACCGCCUGCUGGUCACCAAGUGCGGCCGCCUCCGUCACAAGGAGCCCGGCGGCGGCAGCGGCGGUGGCGUGUACUGGGUGGAUUCACAGCAAAAACGGUAUGUCCCAGUGAAAGGAGACCAUGUGAUCGGCAUAGUGACAGCUAAAUCUGGAGAUAUAUUCAAAGUUGAUGUUGGAGGGAGUGAGCCAGCAUCUUUGUCUUACUUGGCAUUUGAAGGUGCAACUAAAAGAAACAGACCAAAUGUGCAGGCUCCUGGCUCCAGACUGUGAAAUCCUACAGGAAGUGGGAAAACUCUACCCACUGGAGAUAGUAUUUGGAAUGAAUGGAAGAAUAUGGGUUAAGGCAAAAACCAUUCAGCAGACCUUAAUUUUAGCAAACAUUUUAGAAGCUUGUGAACACAUGACGGCAGAUCAAAGAAAACAGAUCUUCUCCAGAUUGGCAGAAUGUUAAUGGAAUUUUUUAUGGGUCAGUUGACCCAAGAGACCAUGGGUUUCCUGGGGAAAAGUUUUUCAGGGGAACCUCUCCCCAUUAAACAUUCAGAAGACAAAAUGUGAAUGUACAUAUUGUCUUAAUUAAAGUCCUAAAUAAAAUAUUUUUAUAAAAAUGUUACUAGUUGCCACCCAUGUUCUUGUGGGUGAGAAAAAUCAUUAUAAAAUAAUGGUGUUUUUUUUUUUCUUUACAAUAAAGUUUACUAAAAGUAUUAUGGUUUAUUUGGUGUUAACUCCUUUAGUUUUGCUAAAGUGCAGCUUUUAUAAUAAACGAAGUAAAGAUUAAAAAAUUAUUUUCUGAUAAUAGUAAAACAUGUUCACCAAAGAAAAUGUAGAAUACAUAAAGAAGCAAAUACACUAUAGACAUAGUGUAUGUAUUUUUCAAAUUGGAAUUAGGAUUCUACUUUAUAUACUACUUUGUAAUGUACUCUGUCCACUUCAAACAUUUAAUAUAUUUCUU